AUGAGCUCACGCACCUGGAUCAAACCUGUGCCCGGCUCACUUCCUUCCCCUGCCACAACGAGGCCUAUCCUGGAUGAUACAUUGGCGUCGCUCCCAGUAAUAGCGGGAUCCACGGCUAGCAUGAAUACCUCGACCAUGGCAAGCACAGACGACCCCCCUCUUCGAAAUUCGUGUGACAGUUGUAAUGCCGCGAAAGUCAAGUGCUCCCGGGACAGGCCAUCAUGUCAUCGCUGCCAGAGCCGCAAACUGUGCUGCGUGUAUGGAGUGUCCUUACGGGGUAUCAAACGUGCACGACAUAAGCCGAAUGACAACAAUUUUCACCGCAGUCCUUCUUUGCAAGAGCCAUUUUCACCCUCGACUAUUUCAAGCAUUCCUGGAGAGUUACUCCAAGACUGGGACUAUACGUUCCCCACGUCUUCCUUCCCGAACAAGAAUAUCGACAUUGAUACCCACUUUACCCUAACCAACCCCCUGCUGGCAGACUCGAGCAGCCUACUCGGUUUCGCCCCUCUCCCUACUGCUUUAGCUACGCCCCCUAGUUUAUCGACCCCGACAUCUAGUACCUCAAUCUUUGGCGCCACCUGCUGCUGUCAAAAAACCAUAGCUGAGAAGCUUGCUGACCUUGGUACUCGAACACAGUUAGAUACUGUGCCGUUUGACGAGUUCCUCAUAACUCACAAGGCUAGCAUGGCUGUCUGUAUCUCGGUACUUGAGUGUACCAGCCCCCAUCAUAAACGAGGAAUCCUUCUACUGGUGGAAUUAACUACCCUUCUGAUUCACAUUCUUGAGGCCUUUGAACAGGUAAUGAGUGGAUUUGAUACUGAAGGGAGACAGUCUCGCACAUCUGUUCGGUUGUCCCUUGGGUCAUAUCAGCUUGACCAUGCUGAAGAGAAAGUUUUGCAGGCAAAUCUUCUUCGAAUUGAGCUCACCAAAUUUGGAGCGAUAAUACAAAACCUUAAUCAACAAUAUAGUAACACGGCGAAUGGAAGUCGGGCGGGGGAUAUAUGCCUGGUUUCUCCCUUGCUCGCGGAUUUGAAGAAGAAAGCUCGGGCCAAGUUUGACGCCACUCGUGAGUGGGCACCGUGCCUUUGA